AUGGCUUCCAGCCCGGGAGGUCAACCAAUCCCGCCGCGGAACAAUUCUGGAGGCACCAGUAAUGGCCGCCACCACAAUGACAUGCAUUCAGCCUUCGCCUCCUCUUUCCGCUCAGCCUCACCACUGGCGCAGGAAGUGCUGGCGCGGGACCUGGCCCAGUGCUCCGAUGAGGAUGACCAAGACGCCAUUGAUACGGAAGCCGUGGACGAGGACGAGGACGAGGACUUAGCUGCCACCCACGGCCCCACGUUGUACCGCCGGCCAAGCGGCAUCGCCUUCGGCACCACGCGGCCGGCGCUUGCUGGCCCGGGAGGUCUCGAAGAGCAGCCUCUCACGAGAUCGGAGCGCACGCGCAGCCGUGACGCAGAGCGCUCCCUCCUCCGGGACAACCACAUCCUCCCGCCCAAACACCCCGUCCAUGCUCCCCAGAAGGGGAUUACCGGGCGCGCUUCGGCAUUGUAUAAGCGGCUGUUCAGCACCAAGGUGCCGCUGCCAAGUGGAGACGAAGAAGCCCAGCCGCCGCGGAUCGUGGUUGUUCCGGACGAGAGGGCGCCCCUGCUCGCACACCGCCGGUCUUCUGCUGGGCAGAGCCUGAACGAGCAGUGGGAGGCUGCCGUGGCUGCGGGCCAGAUCAAGACCACAUGGCAGCGCGAGGCCAAGACCAUCGCCGUCUAUUCCCGGUCGCUGAUCGUGACCUUCUUAUUGCAGUACUCGCUCAACGUGGCGUCCAUCUUCGCCGUCGGCAGGCUGGGCAGGCUCGAGCUCGGGGCGGUCUCGCUGGCGACCAUGACGGCGAAUAUCACGUGUUACGCACCCAUCCAGGGGCUGGCGACGAGCCUCGACACGCUGUGCGCGCAAGCUUUUGGUUCGGGACACAAGCACCUGGUCGGGUUGCAGUUGCAGCGGAUGACGUAUUUCUUGCUUCUGCUGCUGAUCCCCGUGGCUGUGGUCUGGCUGAACGCCGAGCCGAUCUUGGCUAUGAUGAUCGAGAAGGACAGUGCUGCGCUGGCCGCGACCUACCUGCGCAUCACUCUGUUUGGCGCACCCGCCUACGCGGCGUUCGAAGGCGGCAAGAGGUUCGUCCAGGCGCAGGGCUUGUUCCACGCGACGACGUACGUGCUUCUGAUCGCUGCACCGGCAAACAUCCUGAUGAACUGGCUGUUCGUCUGGAAGUUUGGCUGGGGAUACAUUGGCGCCCCGCUGGCCGUGGCCAUUACGCAGAACAUGCUGCCUCUGCUCCUUUUUCUCUAUGUCUGGCAGAUAGACGGCUCGCAGGCUUGGGGCGGGUUUAGAAAGGCGGCCUUGAAGAACUGGGGCCCCAUGAUUAGGCUCGCCCUGCCCGGCAUGGUCAUGGUGGUGGCCGAGUGGUUCGCCUUUGAGAUCCUCACGCUCGCAUCCGGAAGGAUGGGAGUCGCGAUCCUGGCAGCGCAGAGCGUCCUCGUGACGGUUACCUCGACCACCUUUCAGAUUCCGUUCCCACUAUCCAUUGCCGGCUCAACGCGGGUUGCCAAUCUCAUUGGCGCCAAGCUGGUCGAUGCAGCGAAGACCUCGGCCAGAGUGACUGUUGUGGGCGGGUUCUUGGUGGGCUUGUUCAACGUGACCCUCCUGGCGGUUUUCCGGUACCACAUACCGUUGCUGUUCACGCAGGACCGCGAGGUCAUCGAGCUGGUCGCGCAUACACUCCCCGUCUGUGCCGUGAUGCAGCUGUUUGAUGGCAUGGCUGCCGUGUCGCACGGACUGCUGCGAGGCGUCGGGCGGCAGGAGUUUGGGGGGUAUGCCAAUCUGGUUUGCUAUUACCUGGUCGCGCUGCCCAUCUCCUUCGGUUUUGGUUUCGGCCUUGACUGGAAGCUCCCCGGUCUGUGGUUCGGCGUGACCGUCGGUCUAUUGCUCGUCUCGCUGGCUGAAUAUCUCUUCAUAUUGCGCGUCGAUUGGCACCAGGCGGCGAAAGAGGCCGAGCACCGAAAUGCGACAGGGUAA